AUGGCUUCAUCUCAAGCAUCUGGUGUCGAUGCCUCUGGCUACACCGUCGAACUCACUGCUGGCAGUUCUACGAUGCACGGUUCUGCUACAACUAUUGCAGCGAAUCCUACCAGCGCCGCCAACACUCCACACGCUUCUGAGAGCUCCUCGGCGUCGGCACCAACACCAUCGCCUAAACCACAGGAUUCCCCCGAAAUACUCGAUUUGUUGAAAAAGUUCCAGGACUUCGACGACAAAGCUGUAUACGAUCAAGUCAAAUUGGAGUGUCAGAAAAAGGAGGCAAUGAACUUCGUCGUACAAUUUGGUGUCGAUGAGGCCAAGGUGGCUUGCAAUCUUGACCACCGAGACUUUGAUACUCUGAUGAAGCAGCGCAACGUGUUUGGCGAAGGCAAACUGCCUGUUCGGUGGAUCAACAUCUGGAAUCCAAGCCGCCAGCGAAGUACCAUCAAGGCCAUAGGCAAACACUACAACUUCUCCAAGCGGCUGAUAUUGAGCAUCUGGGCCUGGGACGCAGUAAAGGAGGAACUGAUUAAAAAAAAGCGCGAGGCUGCUGAAGCAGCAUUAUUAGCCAGAGACCCUGGCCGGGUUUUUCGCUCGAAAGGAAAUGCUCACCUCAACGAUCUGGAAAAUGGCGUGAAUGGACGGCUUGAUGCCGCUGCCUCCUCUGUCUCCGUCUCCAGUGCCGGAUCUAAGAAUGAGGACAAUUCGGAUCUGGCAGGCAUCUUUGAUCCAAAAAGCAUGGCCACGUUCGCAAUGAUGCAGAAAACCAUUGACUACACCUCAAUCGACCUGGGCCCUCGAUAUACCGUCCUCUCAUUUCACGAAUCGUACUACGAGAGCUUUUCCCAGGAGGAAGGCGAGAACAACCCUGACUGGGCCACGGAAGAGCUCAAAAGCACGAGGGACAAUACGCUCAAGGUGUUCCGUCAGCUCUCCAAGCAAGGCCAGGAAGAGGACAAACACAAAAUCAUGCAACUGACAUCGGUGCGUGAGUCGAUGAGCAUGGCCCGUGACAAGGAGGGCAAAGAAGGCGCUUGCAAUAUCUUCUACUAUCUUUUCGAGGAUUAUUCUGGUGCGAUGUUUAUCCUGGGUAGUACCAAGGCCGCACUGGACGUUAUUAGUAAACGAGUUCUGCGAACUGCUGAGUGGAGAAACAAAGAUAACACAACCGACAUCAUUCCCAAGCUGUAUAAGCUGAACAAGGAGCUUCGCGAGCUGCGCCAUCUGUUCACCAACUACAAUACGCUGAUCAGCAAAAUAAUCAACAAAGAUCUUGACGAAGCCGCGGAAGCAGCGGCUCCAGGCCACCCUGUGGACACACUGCUGUCUUACAGCGCCCUGAAUCGAUUCAAACGACUUCAGGUUCAACUGCAAUCCCUCAUGCUCGAUACAAUCAAGGACUAUCUCGACGAAAAAGAGUCACUGCAAGACACUAUCCCAGAUCUGACAGAGGGCUACACUAAGUGGUCGUACUGGGGCUCCUUUGCGGUGAUAGCCGGCGUGUCAUUUAUGAGUCUCUUCUUCUUCAGCAAGGUGCUCAUGUUCCUCAGCGAUUGGCUGGACCACUUUGCCGAGAGGGUCGAGGGGUGUUUCAAGAAACUUACGGGCUCAAAGACAGUUGACAAGGGUACCAAAUACGAAUAA